CAAGCCCUAACCACCUCUCUCUCUCUCUCCCUCUCUCUCUCUCUCUCUCCGAACCCACCCACCUCUCUCUCUCUCUCUCUCUCUCUCUCUCUCUCUCUUCGAUCGAUUCGUCGCGCUCUUCAUCCUCCUCUCGAUCCUAAUGCUGGGCAGGAAGUGCAGACAGAUGUUAUGGUAGGGUAAAAAGCCGAAGCUUGCUUUCAGAGAGAAACAAGGUUUUGCACCAUAUUAGGAUUCAGGCCCUCUUUUGGGGUUUGUGGAGUGUAACAUACAGUUUCCAAAAUUCAGCGACCAGGAUCAGGGAGCGAAUUUCCCCCUGUUGGGGAGUUUGCUCCUUUCCCUGUGACCCGGAGGGUGAAUUCUUCUAAUGCUGUUGCGAUGGAUGAUGACAUGGAAAAUGGAGCGGGCACAUAUCAGGAGAGACCAAGGACAUUUCCUGCAGUACGGAGUAAAUCUCACACCCCCUGGAUUUUCCAGAUGUUAACGAGAAUAAAUGCGCGUGUCUUGUUUGUCCUUCUCAUGUUGAUAUUUGUGGUGGUGUUCUACAUAGGUGCUUCUGCCUCGCCAAUUAUUGUUUUUGUGUUCACUAUCUGUAUAAUCAGCCUCUUCUUCUCUGUUUUCCUCACAAAGUGGGUUCUUGCAAAGGAUGAGGGUCCUCCAGAAAUGUCUCAGAUUUCGGAUGCCAUACGAGAUGGGGCUGAAGGUUUCUUUAGGACCCAAUACGGAACUAUUUCCAAGAUGGCUUUUAUUCUGGCAAUCGUGAUUCUUACCAUAUAUCUAUUUCGUGCUUCCACUCCACAGCAGGAGGCCGCGGGCUUAGGAAGGUCAACAUCUGCAUACAUUACUGUUGCUUCUUUUCUUCUAGGAGCUCUAUGUUCGGGAAUUGCUGGGUAUGUUGGGAUGUGGGUGUCUGUGCGUGCAAAUGUUAGGGUUUCGAGUGCUGCUAGGCGUUCUGCGAGGGAGGCAUUGCAGAUUGCCGUUCGUGCUGGUGGUUUCUCAGCUAUUGUUGUUGUUGGCAUGGCUGUAUUUGGUGUUGCCAUCCUCUAUGCAACAUUUUAUGUCUGGCUGGGAGUUGAUACACCUGGGUCAAUGAAAGUUACAGACUUGCCGCUACUGCUUGUUGGAUAUGGUUUUGGUGCCUCGUUUGUUGCCCUUUUCGCUCAGUUGGGUGGUGGAAUAUACACUAAAGCUGCUGAUGUGGGAGCUGAUCUUGUGGGAAAAGUGGAGCAAGGAAUACCUGAGGAUGAUCCUCGGAAUCCUGCUGUGAUUGCAGACUUGGUAGGUGACAACGUGGGCGAUUGUGCUGCUCGAGGUGCUGAUCUUUUUGAGAGUAUAGCAGCCGAAAUAAUCAGUGCUAUGAUACUUGGAGGAACAAUGGCUCAACGCUGCAAAAUAGAUGAUCCCUCUGGUUUUAUUCUGUUUCCUCUUGUCGUGCAUUCCUUUGAUUUGGUAGUUUCAUCGGUUGGAAUACUCUCAAUCAGGGGAACUCGUGAUCCUGGACUUACUGCUCCUAUUGAGGAUCCGAUGAAAAUACUACAGAAGGGGUACUCUGUCACUAUUGUGCUGGCCGUUCUAACUUUUGGUGUGUCUACUCGAUGGCUCCUCUACACCGAACAAGCACCAUCAGCGUGGCUCAACUUUGCCUUGUGCGGAUUGGUGGGGAUCAUGACGGCAUACGCUUUUGUGUGGAUUACUAAGUACUACACAGAUUACAAGCACGAGCCAGUCCGCACCCUGGCUCUUUCGAGUGCUACUGGGCAUGGAACCAAUAUUAUUGCGGGUGUUAGUCUAGGGUUGGAAUCGACGGCUCUCCCUGUUCUUGUGAUAAGCGUAGCAAUUAUCUCGGCCUAUUGGCUGGGUCACACAUCAGGCCUGGUAGAUGAUAGUGGGAACCCUACUGGUGGCCUCUUCGGGACGGCUGUAGCUACGAUGGGGAUGCUUAGCACGGCUGCAUAUGUUCUUACUAUGGAUAUGUUCGGUCCUAUAGCUGACAAUGCUGGUGGAAUUGUCGAGAUGAGUCAACAGCCUGAAAGUGUGCGAGAAAUCACAGAUGUUCUAGAUGCUGUUGGUAACACAACCAAAGCAACCACAAAAGGGUUCGCCAUAGGGUCAGCUGCGCUUGCUUCUUUCCUUCUUUUUAGUGCCUAUAUGGAUGAAGUGGCUUCAUUCGCUCAUGUCCCUUUCAAACAGGUUGAUAUCGCUGUUCCUGAGGUUUUUAUCGGCGGUUUAUUGGGCUCCAUGCUUAUAUUUCUUUUCAGCGCCUGGGCUUGUUCCGCUGUGGGCAGAACUGCUCAGGAAGUUGUUAAUGAAGUCCGAAGACAAUUUAUAGAGAGGCCUGGAAUUAUGGACUACAAAGAAAAACCAGAUUAUGGCCGCUGUGUUGCCAUUGUGGCAUCAGCAUCUCUGAAAGAAAUGAUAAAGCCUGGUGCCUUGGCAAUUAUAUCACCAAUGGUCAUCGGGUUUCUCUUCCGAAUAUUGGGCUACUUCACUAGCCAACCGCUACUCGGAGCUAAAGUGGUGGCCUCAAUGCUUAUGUUUGCAACAGUUGCUGGUAUCCUCAUGGCACUCUUUCUGAACACGGCUGGAGGCGCCUGGGAUAAUGCUAAGAAGUACAUAGAGACUGGCGCAUUAGGAGGCAAAGGGAGCGAUUGUCACAAGGCGGCAGUAACUGGCGACACAGUUGGAGAUCCAUUCAAAGACACUGCAGGGCCCUCCCUCCAUGUUCUAAUCAAAAUGCUCGCGACUAUCACAUUGGUUAUGGCGCCUAUAUUUUUGUGAUCGACUCACCUUUCAUUUGCAUUUAACCAUGUAUACAGGGACCCAUAUACUCUUGCUAUAUAGUUGAGUCGGUUUCCCAAGGAUGGGGAUCGGAGUGGUGGACUAUUCGGAUGAUAUUGUUCCUUUCUUUUUGUCUGUGGAGAAAUAAUGUUUAGUAAAAUGCCUGUUUUGACUGAUUGUUCCAGAUCUGUAUUUGAAAGUACUUUCUUUUUUUAUAAUUACUAUUAUAAAUACACGUCUUAACAUA